CAAUUGUUGCAAGAAACACGAUAAACAAUUUCAAACUUAAAAUAAAGUGCAUAAAAACAACUAAAGCUUUGCUAGCAGUUAAAGAAACGUGCUAAUGUAAGUUGAAAUUGUGAAAAAGAGACGCCGAGAACUUUUGUGUAGGUGCAGCACACAUGUAUACAAAGAACGUGCAAGUUUAAAUAAAAAACACACAGCAGCAAACUGAAUAACAACAGGCAUAGCAGUCAACAGGAGCAGCAGCUGCAUCGCCCACGCAGCCAACAGCCACUAUUAGCUCACAUGGGUGGCAACAGCACAGCCGCCAACUCAAGCGCUUUCAGCGCAGGCGGUUACAUUGGACCCACCACUAGCCUGGGUGCAGCUGGCGGCAGUGAUCUAAUUCCUGCGCCCAUUGGCACGGGACAAUCCUACACAUAUGGCGGCACCAGCUGGGAGGAGUUUUGUGACCGGCAUGCGCGUGCUGCUGCCAGCGACUUUGCCAAGGCUUGCAUUAGCUACAUUAAUGGCAAUCUGCCGCCAGAGGAGGCACGCAACAUACCACAUCGCAGCUUUGCGCUCAAGUUUGCCGAAUGCUUUCCAGAACACUUUGACACGGAGUUCUUUAGACGGCGCAGCAAUCUAAAGAGCGGCAUCGGUUCGCUGUUUAAUGAGAGCACAAGCGGCGCUGACUUUGAUAGCGAGGAGCAUGAGGUGUCACGCCUGUUUCCCAAAUCCUUGCUGCGACGCCUCAGCUUUAAGGGAUUACGCAAGGGCAAGAAGCUGCUCUUUUUGCAGGCAUUCUUUCACAAAAAUUCAGACGAUGUGGACGGCGUGGGUGGGAGCAACAAGAGCAGCAAAACCAAGCUGGCUAAAAUUGUGGUCGAGUGUCGCAAGGAGGGUAUUGUUAACAAUUUGACAGCCGAGAGUUUGGACUCUACAACCGGAACCCAAAAGUGGGAAAAAUGUCGCUUGGCGUUGGUCAAAGCUGUGGGCGGUUAUAUGUUGGAGUUUUAUACGCCACCAAAAUCGACAAAGCCACGCAGUGGCGUCUUUUGUUUUCUCAUCUCAGAGGCACGCGAAACAACCACAUUGGAGAUGCCCGAUCGCUUGAAUACUUUCGUAUUAAAGGCGGACAACAACAUGGAGUAUGUCAUUGAAGCGGAAAGUCCAGAGGAUAUGCGCAGCUGGCUGGCCACUAUACGCUACUGCAUGCGCACGCCGCCCACACAGCAGCCUAUGCUUGAUAACGAUGUCAUUGCAGCAACAGCGGCAAUGCAGACUUCACCAGUCAGCACCAAUCCGAAUCCCGGUCCAUUGGCUGGCAUACAAAAUCCACAAUAUCAGCAACAGGGCGGCGGCGGCAGUGGAGGCGUACUGCUCAGCAACUCGAAUGGCAAUUUGGUUAAUUCACAGUCCAUGGACAGCGCCUUGGUUGCCGGCACAGCUACAUCUGCAAACGAAUUGCAAAACAUUGCCAGUCCGCAGGAGCUGAGCAGCACGCCUCCAGAUAUGCCAACGACGCGUUCAUUACGCGGCGAGCAACGAUUGUCCGCCUCGAGCAAUUUCGAUGGCAACGAGCAACUCGAAUCAGAAUCAGACUUGAAUGUAACCGAUUUAACUACGGAGAUGCGUUUGUUCCCUUGGUUCCAUGGCACUUUGCCGCGUGCUGAGGCCGCACGCAUGGUGCUUCAAUCGAAUGCAGCCGGUCAUGGAUACUUUCUGGUGCGGCAGAGUGAGACGCGACGCGGUGAAUUUGUACUCACAUUCAAUUUCCAAGGACGUGCGAAGCAUUUGCGUCUGACCAUCUCCGAGAAGGGUCAGUGUCGUGUGCAGCAUUUGUGGUUCCCCACCAUACAGGAGAUGCUCGAGCAUUUUCGCCAUAAUCCCAUACCGCUCGAGUCUGGCGGCACUUCGGAUGUGACGCUUACGGAUUGGGUGCAUCAUACCAGCAGACUUAAUGAUCUAAAUGCCAUGGCCACAGUUCCCGCAACAGCAACAAGCAACAACCAUGAUCAGGCCGCCGAUGAGGGAGCAGCGGGCAGCUCUAACAAUGCUAGUGCCAAUGGGCAUCCAUCCCCGAGACAUUGCAACGAAGUGAUUACCAUGAAUCUAAGUGUUCGCCUAAAGACAAACGAAAUCGAACUACCACAGGAGCAGCCAACACACGUCUUUUUUCCGGAGCAAGUCUACUUCCAUUUGGAUCAAAAUCCGCUGGCCGUGCAUAAUUCAUCGCCAUCAGCACAUCAGGCUUUUCUGGAUGCGCCACACUUGCGUGCCUCAAAUGCAUCACUGCAGGCAGCACAGCACGGCACAACGACGCGCUCUCAUGGCGGAGACACCAAUGCUGGUGGUGGUAGUGGAUCAUCGGGUGGAGCUGUCGGCGGCACCAGUGGCAGUGGCAGCGGAUCUGGAACUGGUAACGAGUGUAGCGGUCGCGCCAUUGAUAAUCAGUAUAGCUACACUUAAAGGGCACGCCGAUAUUGAUUUUGAAUUUCUAGCGCGGAAUUUAUUUUUGUGCCAUUGCGUAGCAGCAACUAAAAAAUCUAAAUACUUUUGUUCAUUUUGUUUAUUUCUGUUUUAUAUGUAUUCGUAUUUGUGCGUAGUCGACUAUUUCUUGUUUCUAUUAAUGUAAGUAUACUUUCUGUAAGACAAUGAUGUAACUGAAUAUUAUUAUGAUAUUGUAUGGCAUUAUAUAGCUAAAUGUGUGUUCAUUUUAAGUACAUAUGUAUAAGUGUUGUAUGCAUUACAAACAAAAAAACAAAACAAAAACGUAAUCGUGUAAAUUUUGCACCAAAGGUGCAACAUUUGCGAAUCCUAAAACUUCCUGCUUUACAAAAAAUAAAGAUAUGAUAAAUACA